UUUAAAUGAAUGCUUAACUGAAAAUUUCGAUAAGAUAUAAAUAAUACACACAACUACUAAUACCCAGGAAUUGUGCUUCCUUUUGUUUUUAUUAUUAGGAGUCCAAUUAGUGACGUCACAAUAUGUCAUCGGCGGGGGCAACGGCGGCGUCGAACGAGAAGGCCGCCGUGGAGAUUUGCAAAGGAAUCAACGGACUCGAGAAGGUCGUCCUCCGCGACGUCCGCGGCAGCUCCGCUGAGGUCUAUUUUUAUGGCGCUCAUGUAACAUCGUGGAAGAACGAGCAUGGCGAAGAAUUGCUUUUCGUCAGUAGUAAGGCCCUUUUCAAACCUCCAAAGCCAAUUCGUGGAGGCAUCCCUAUAUGUUUUCCCCAGUUCUCUAACAAUGGACCACUCGAGGCUCAUGGAUUCGCUAGAAACAGGUUCUGGAGCAUUGACCCUUCCCCACCUCCGUUUCCUACCACUACCUCCAAUAAGACAUUUGUCGACUUGAUUCUGAAGCCCACUGAAGAGGACAUGAAAAUUUGGCCCAAUAGUUUUGAGUUCCGUCUGCGAGUAACUCUGGGACCUGCUGGUGAUCUGAUGUUGACUUCUCGCAUCAGAAACACUAAUAGUGAUGGAAAGCCUUUUUCAUUCACAUUUGCUUAUCACACCUAUUUCUCUGUCUCUGAUAUCAGUGAAGUACGUGUCGAAGGGUUGGAGACACUGGAUUAUCUUGACAAUCUGCAGAACAAACAGCGAUUUACUGAACAAGGGGAUGCAAUAACUUUUGAAUCAGAAGUGGACAGGAUAUAUCUAAGCACACCUACAAAGAUUGCUAUUCUGGACCAUGAAAAGAAGAGAACCUUCGUCAUUCGUAAAGAUGGCCUUCCUGAUGCUGUUGUGUGGAAUCCUUGGGAUAAGAAGGCAAAGGCAAUUGCCGACCUUGGAGACGAGGAAUAUAAGUAUAUGCUAUGCAUCGAGGCAGCUGCAGUCGAAAAACCAAUCACUUUGAAGCCCGGUGAGGAGUGGAAAGGUAGGCAGGAACUUUCUGCCGUGCCUUCAAGUUAUUGCAGUGGGCAGCUUGAUCCUCGCAGAGUCCUCCUAGGCAGCUGACAAGCUCGUCUUUAUCAUGUAUAGGUGGUCUGAAAACUAUAUGUGGAGGUAUAAGGUGCGUCGUCAACGUCUGUUCAAGACCUCUUUUAUCGUCUUGUCCUUAAUACAAUAAUCUCUCUCUCUAUCUCUCUUUUCUUUUACGUGGACGAAAUGGAGUUGUCUUAGCAUAUAUUGUCAAAUAAGUUUUCGAUUGUUUUGGUUGGGAAUACACGACAUUGUAGUAGUAAUUGUAUAACUCAGAAGCAGUGCCUAUGAUGCUUUUUGAGUCUCGAAUUGAUUCUUACCUGAAAGUAUAUUAUAUAUUCCAGGGAAUCGUCUAGGUUUGAUUCGACUAUUAAAUCAAGUGAUUGCUAAACAUGUAAUCAAUUACUCAUUAUCCGACAUAUAUUCGAUUCUAAACUAAAGAGUCUUUGUUUUUCUAGUGAGA